AUGCCCGGUGUGCUGCCGCUCAUCGGCCCAAACUCAAAUGCCUCGCUUGAGGUGCAGCGCUUCGGUGCCGACUUUUUAGCUGAGAUGUUUGCUUCGCCAAUGUGGUCUGCAGAAGCGAAACAACCCAUAGCAUUGCUGGUGCUCGACACGCUCAAGUACUACUUGGAGCAGGUGCACGACCGAGGCGUCACCAAAGGCGCAGUGCAGGCGGCAGCUUCCGUCUAUCCGUUGGUUUACAGGCACACAAUCUCCGAUCCCAACGACAAGCAGCACUGGAAGACCAUGACCGACAUCAAGUCUAAUAUAUUAAAUCGAAUGGAUACUGCCCCUCCAGGCGUCCGGAUAUGCUGCGUCAAGUUCGUACAGCAGGUGGUGCUCGUGCAAACACCUGGCGUGAUAGAUCCUAGGGUGAUUAUGUCCGUAUCCCGCUGCCAUACGCAGUCCACUCACGCAAUACAGCGACCCGACCACAGCGACGUCUCGCUCGCACUCGUGCCCCGCGAUCAUCCGUUGUUGACCUACGUACACCUCGAAGCUGAAGGGCACGGAUUGCUAGAUCGAUUACUAGAUAUCAUACAUGGAGAUCAUAGGUCAGAUAGCAUGGCAUCGGAUGGCGGGACAUAUCUGACAGGAUACAGUGAUGCUCUGUUGGUUACCUCUGUGCUCAACAGCUUAGGUGUCUUGAUUUAUCGACGGCCAAUCGCCGCCAAUAAAAUCCUGAACAGCGUGCUGAACUUCAAUCCCCUAAAGUUAGCGAAUUCGCCCAUGACACCUAAAAACAAGGUCAGCAUGAAGGCUAUAGAACGGACGACACGAGCUCUGCUUGUAAACAUCCUGAAGAGGAAUACCACUGAGCGGCCAAACGACCCUAACAAUGGUCGAAUGCAGCAUUUCCUGGAACGUAUGCAUCGUAUGCGUCAGGAUAUAAUGGAGGAGACCAGCCGCAAGCGGCCUGCUCCUGUUGAGCCUACUGACGGUUUAGACCCUGCAAAGCGACAGCGUUUGGGAGCCGAUGUCCCAUCGCCCGCUGUACCAGCAGUAGCCCCUCUUCCUCCUGGUCCAGUGAGCUAUCGUCAACUGUACACCAUAGAUCCUGAGAACGCUGCAGCGAACUUUGACGUGAAGAUGUUCCAGGACCCUGCGCUUGUCCAGCAGAUCCUCAUCCCAAUUCUGCAGUCCAUUGACGAGAAGAAACUUCUGGAAGCUACCAAUAUCGUUCGCAGCCGAUACCUUUCGCUCAGCCAAGCCAUGGCGAAACAACAACCUUCCGCAGCUGCAGUCGAUGAGGACGAGUACGAGCCGGACGACUAUGAGCCUGAGGACGCUGAACAGGUAGCAAACAGGCUUGACAGCACCGGCGACAUCACACACGUUGCACCAGCAGCCUUCAAACUGCCCGAGGUUCCGCAACUGACACCAGGAGAACUCCAGCAACACGGUGAGCUCGCGAUACGGCGCACGUUCGCGUUGAUAGGGGAGCUCGAAGACAAAGCAAAGGGCACAAAGGGUGGAUUCAAUCGCCUCGCAGCAAGUGACUUCGGAAGGGACGCAUGGAUCACCAUCGCAGCCAGGCUUGCAACACGGGCGAGCGCUGGUCUCGAUGAGCCGGAUGAUGGCAUCAAAGACGAGUACGCUGUAAAGAACGUGGAGGGCAGUCUUUCAAUCAGCGACACGAUUCGAGAUCUUCUACACGACUACGUCAUCCGCGACUGGAAGAAACGCAUCGACGUCGCCAUGUCCUGGCUCAACGAGGAAUGGUACAACGACAUGAUACUAGCUCAAUCCGCAAAGCCCUCGCCAAAUUCGAAAACAAACGGAGUCGGUCCACCAAAAGGCAACUACCGCCCGAAUGCUCUCCGCCUCAUCGACGGCAUUCUCCCGUACGUCGCGCCCUCGGAUAAGGGCCUUAUUCGGUUGUAUUCCGAACUCCCCACCCUCGACUAUGAGAUGUUGUCCAGGUUGAAGACGAUGGCGCAAGACCCGGAGCGCGUUGGUCUCGCUACGCAGGUGCUGCAGUAUCUGUACAUGUUCCGGCCGCCUGUCAAGGAAAUCGUGGUCAGCAUCACCGCGGAGCUGUGGAGGGAGAAUGAUCGCGCGAAGCCAAAGUGCGGGGCGCUGUUGAAGGUGUGGAAGCCGGAGAUUCUGCAGGAGGUUGAGGGAGUUGAGGUGAAGAAAGAAGAGACGAACGGAGUAGCGGAGGUGCAACCUCCUGCGUGA